AUGGCCCUGCGGAGGGUGCUGGCGCUAGGGGCAGCCCUGGGGCGCCGCAGCUGCUGCUCCAAGCCCUCGCUGCCCCCUGACUUCGUGGAGGCCCUGAGGGCCGUGGCUGGGGCUCCCAAUGUCUCCACGGCCACAGCAGUGCGGGAGCAGCACGGCCACGAUGAGUCCAUGCACCCCUGUGCCCCUCCAGACGUCGUGGUGUGGCCCCAGGCGGUGGGGCAGGUGCAGGAGCUGGCAGCCCUCUGUCACCGCUGCCGUGUGCCCAUGGUGCCCUUUGGCACCGGUACCGGCCUGGAAGGAGGCGUCAAUGCCGUGCAGGGCGGCGUCUGCUUUGACCUGAGCCGCAUGGAUGCCAUCGCGGAUCUGAGCCUCGAGGACUUCUCGGUGACAGUGGAGCCCGGAGUCACCCGCAAGGCCCUCAACAAGCACCUGCGUGGCACUGGGCUCUGGUUUCCUGUCGGUACCGUGGGCAUGAGAGGGGUCAUGGGGCUGGGGGUGACAGCACUCGAGGGGCUGGGAAUGAGGAUACUCUUGAGGAGCUGUGGACUGUAAGGUGUCCAUAAGUGUGUUGUGAUUCUACAGCAGUACCAGAAGAGCCUCUAGGACU